CUCUUUACCCAAGCCGGCCAAAAAAAUGUCGACCGAUAUUUCACCCUACUCUCAAACUCACGUGGAGCCCGUUAAUGGUUAUCCUUCAGACAACCAGAGAUGCGGCGAUUCCUCUGCUCCUGCCACAUACGAUGAUCUUGUCCGUAACUCUGCUCUCUUCUGGGAAAAGCUCCGAGCUUUACUCGGAUUGACCAGCAAGACUUUGAAGGUUCCUACUGUGGGAGGAAACAGUCUUGAUCUGCAUCGUCUUUUCAUCGAGGUUACAUCUCGAGGUGGCAUCGAAAGGGUUGUAAAGGAUCGCAAAUGGAAAGAAGUGAUUGGUGCUUUCAGUUUUCCGACAACAAUAACAAGUGCAUCGUUUGUCUUGAGGAAGUAUUAUCUCAAGUUUCUUUAUCAGCUGGAACAUGUGUACUACCUUGAAAAGCCAGUGUCUUCAAUCCAAUCAACAGAUGAAGCAAUGAGGAGCCUUGCUAAUGACUCUCCAAACCCUGAGGAAGGUGUUGAUGAAGGACAAGUUGGGUAUGAGUAUCAUGGAUUCAUUGACGGGAAGUUUGAUCAUGGUUACCUAAUGACAGUGAAAAUCGGCUCCCAAGAGAUGAGAGGUGUGCUUUACCACAUUCCUGAAACGCCAAGGCAGUCCCAACAAACCAUGGAAACACCUUCAGCCGCUGUACCGUCAUCCCAACGCCGGCAUAGGAAGAAAGCAAAGUUGACUGUAGUCGAUUCUCAAAAGCCCAAGUGCCACAGGAGUGGCUACAACUUCUUCUUUGCUGAGCAGCACGCUAGGCUUAAACCUGAGUACCCAGGACAGGAACGAAACAUUACCAAGAAAAUAGGACACAUGUGGAGCAAUCUCACUGAAUCUGAGAAACAGGUUUAUCAAGACAAAGGAGUAAAGGAUGUGGAGAGAUACAGAAUGGAGAUGUCGGAAUACAAAUCUUCACAUGAGUCCGGAGCUGCUGCUGCUGCUGCUGCUUCUACAGUGGCUCAGUAGUUUCUCCCCCUUUUGUUGUCAUCUAUGUUUGUUGUAACAUUUUCUUUUUCUUUAGAGAACUUGUUUUAUUUUAAUUUCAAUGUUAUGUUUUUUUGAUAAUUUACAGAAUUUGCCAUGUUUAUGGUUAUAGGGUUAGUGAAGAGGUUACUAGCUGCAGACCAGUGUCUUUCUUGCUGCUGUUAUUAAGCAUUUGCCAUUUUGUAGCGUUACCUGCUCAGCUAUAUACUCCAGUGUCUUUGUUGGCGCCUUGUCAUGUUAUAGAUGGACAUUAUAUAAAAAAAAGGUCAUUUAA